CGUGAAGACCCACCCUGUAGAGCCCCACACGUCACAGGUACAGCUUUCUUUGUCAAGCACUGUGGAUUUGUCCUAACGUCACACAGCUCUGGAAUACCCACCAGAAAACACUAAACAUAGAUCGAUACGUUAGUUGGGUGUGGUAUAUCGACUUUGAACAAGCGAGACUGGCCAGUGUUUGACAACUACAGGCACUGCUCCGCGCCAACACGUUAAAAGGCACAUUGUGGAUUACCAAGGUCAGGAAUGGCUGUUCAGGGAAAACUCCCCACUAAGGAUCUGUGUCGACUCUGCAAGAAAAUCUGUACGGAACCAAAGUUCCUGCCCUGCAAACAUGUCUUCUGUAGGGCCUGUCUCCGUUUCCAAAUUAUAACUGUACCUGCAAAUCUACAAUGGGAAGGGUUCAGCUGCCCCUUCUGCAAGAAAUACACCAAGGCCAUUGACCCGGACCAGGCUCUGGCACUAUGGGCUGACCAGUUUCCAGACAUAUGGCAGCCAAAGAAAAGAAACACUCAAAGACAACAUCCAACAAAUGUUGUUGGUUCCACCAGUGACCUAGGAUCAGUACAGAAUGAGUCACCAUUUACUGUCUCUCGUGAUUUAUCUGUGGACGAAGGUAGUUCAACAAGCACCUUUGGAUCAGUGACCUCCGAACCAAUGUCUCCAGCACCUGCUUCAGAGUCAUCACUUCCAGCAUCACCUCUGAAUCCUAAACUGGCAACACCAUCACCCUUUAGUGAUGGUGAUACAUCACUGUCAGACUCAAAAGUAGUUCCUGAACCCACUAUACCAACACCAAGCAGCAACUCACCAUUGCCUGAUAUGACUGAUGGACCAGAAGUUACUCAGUCUGGAAGAACCAUGACUCAGGAAGGUUCUCAAGGACAUUCUGAUAUUCAGGAUACUGUUAAUAUGUUCUCCAAAGACAAUGUGCCCGACAGUGACGUAGAAAUAUGCAUCAUCCAUCCAUGGAAACCAGUCAUUCUUACCUGCAAGAAAUGUGUCAGUUUAGCUUGUGGUCAGUGUUUGACAGAGAGCCAUACAACAUGUCGAGCUGAAGACUUUGAUCUAGUUUCAGAUUCAUGCACUUUACCCGACGUGUCCAAACUAGAAAGUGAGGCAAAUAAGGUCAGUUCAUUUACUGACUCGUGGGCAUCAAGUGCAGGGCAGCUUGAACAGAGCCGGGUAGAACUAAGACAUAAGAUAAGUCAGAUGGCAGAUAUGAUGAUCCAGGACAUUGAGAAGGACAAAGAACAGAUGGUCAAGAGGGUCAAACAACUGUACCGAGAUGAAAUCUGGAGACUGAAGUCCGGCAUCAACCCAUCAGAGACACUGCUGAAUGAGGUCAAGCAGGUAAAGAAUGACACCGACAGUCUUUCCAGUCAGCAUCCCACUCAGAUCUUUCUUCGGGCUGACAGCAUCCUGGCUAAGCAAAAAGCACUGCUUGAAAACCUGGGAACUGUGGAUUUUGCCUGUGUUCCUCCAGAGAUCAACUUUGUGGAGAACAAUGUGUAUCAUGUCAGUCUGGGGGACCUUGUUGUUGAUGCAGGCUUCUAUCCGAAACAUGAUGCCUGUGAUGUACAGCUGGAAACAGAACUGUCAUCAGUGGCAAUAUCAGGUGAUGGGAACAGCACUGAUUCAGCUUCCAGAGAUGGUACAGAUCAAGGUGUAGCCUCAGGUCUGGGUCAAACAUCACUCCCGGAAAAGAAAAACAGAAGCUCUCUCAGUAACUUGUUUUCACCUACAAGAAAACCAGAGAGGAACAGUAAAUUUUAUGUUGACGUUCAAUGACUGUCAUAAUAUGACUAGAACUUUGUAACAUCUCCAAGACUCCUUACAGUGCAUGAACUACAGAAUAAUCAGUCACAUUUAUCCACAGAUACCUAUGGCCAUUAAAUCAAAAUGGUGGUGAAAGUUAUGUGAAUCGGUAACAAGCUAUCUGUGGUGAUAUUAAAAAGAGUAGACAUAUCCUGCUCCGCUGAAAGCAACGACCAGUGUCUGUUGCCGAUUGUUGCCUAACAGUAAUCCGCCCUUACGAUGGCAACAUAUUACCAAUCAAGUCUUGGCCAAACAAGACCAGUGGCCAGUGAUGGACCAGGCAAUCCAGUGACAAGACAUAUUGUGUUGUGAUAGCAGCAUAUUGCUGAUGCAGGAACAUUGUCCAGACCUAAUUACCUGGAGCCAAUGAGAUACAGUUAACUGAUUCUGAUAUAGUUCAUGUUCUGGAGACUCAACAUUUGCAAGAUAGAUGGAUAUUUAACUGUGAUAUUAACUUAUUGCUAAAAAAUUUCAGAGACAGUUUGUUUUCCUCCUCAAUACUUUCAUCAAAUACAUAAUGUUUAAAUCAUAUUAAGGCCAGACCAAUUGUAUUUCUUGUUUUACGGAUCUGCCGGUCAUAUUUUUUCAAGAAUAAGAAAAAAAUAAUAAUUAAUUUUUCGGCUCAAAAAAUAAAAUCCUUAUUUUUAUUGGCCAAAAAUGUAAACUUACAAACAAAUAUUUUUUGAUUGUUUUUUUCCCCAUUUACACUUCAUAAAUCACCAAAAAUAUAAUACUGUUAGUAUUUAAAAGGAAUAUUAAUUUGACUGGUGAGUUUUAUUUUCUUUUUUCCUUUUCCUCCUGCCUUUAGGGUUCUUUGAGGACAAAAAUCCAUAAAACAAAAAAAAUUGGUCUGCCCUAAAGGAUGAUAUUUAUUAUCAGGAAAGUGGGCACAGAGAAAGAGAUUUGUCAACAAGGGAUGGCAUGUUCUGGCUGAAGUCAUUCCAUGUACAGAUCAUGUAUACUACUCAAAGAAGUGUUAAAGAACACCAGAUUUGUUCAUAUGACCAUAGUUAAUCAAUAAUAGCUGGUGGGUGUUAAAACACAGAGCCUCCAGAGAUAGGUGUUCUGUAUAUGAUUAUAUAUGAGAAAGCUUUCGGGUAAACUGUAUGAUAACAUAUCAGUGUGUGUCUGUGUGUGUGUAUGUGCCUGUGUCUGUGUGUAAGGGGCAAGGUUCACAAUUAGAAUAGAUAAGCAUUUGUUGAAGGUCAUUCUUCUGACCAACGAUCACAGUUUGUUUCCUGUGAUACAGAGACAAGACAAGAUUCCUUUUGCUAACCAAAACAAUUCCUUCUAUUUGAUUAUCCUUUAAACAGUUUGAAUUAUUUACUUUUGGCUGACAAAUAAUACCAGUUGCAUUUAAAUAGAGACACUUUACUAGUUUUCUGCAGCUUUUACUUGAUAGCAAAAGAGCAAAUGUCCCUUUAAUUGCUGUGGUCCACCUGUUCAGUGAUGUAACACCUCUAGUGUAAUACUGUGUAGCGAUUACCAGCUCCAGUGAUGACAUCAACCAUUGCUUACACCGAUUCUCCUCACCACACCAAGGAUUGGUUUAGGAUACACACAGAUGUCAAACUAUGAUUCUUGUUCCUUUAUAUUUGACAAGAUGUUAAUUUACCAUGUUGAUAAUGCAGAAUAUAUGACCUGUAAAUAGCCAUUGAGCAUGUGUUUCUGGUGUCAUCAAAUAUGUGAAGUUUUGUCAGGAUCUUCCUGUGUCAUAAUCUUCCUGUGUCAGGACCUGCUUUUUCACCUGAAGGCGCUGCCCCAGAACUUCAGCCAUUCACUGUGAUAUGUGUCAUAUACUCAUUAAUGUUCCAUCCUGAUAUCUUGGAAAUAAACACUUGACAAUGCAGGGCAUUGUUUUGAAAGUA